AGGAUUUCAACCCUUGGGCCAUGAAAAGAUCCCAGAAGAACUCAAGCAGAAAUUAAGGAGGGAUUUGAAUGAAAAUGAUGAAACUAUGCGUGAUGGCUUGAGGCACCUUAAAGAAUUCAUUAAAAAGGAGGACCUGUCGGGAAACUUCAACGAAAAAUUCCUAAUGCAGUGCCUCCGAGUACAAAAAUUUAACAAGAAAAAAAGUGAAGCGAAGUUCUACAAGCACCACCAAAUGCAACGCGUUUUGGCAGAUUUGUUCAAAGACAUGGACAUCUCGAAAAUCCGGCUCAUUUUAGAUCGCAAGAUGUUCGGACUCCUGCCGUACAGAGAUCAACACGGGAGAGCGAUUUUUUUCACCCGCGCAUCGGCAUGGGAUCCAGAAUUGUUUGAUUUGAACCAAGCUGCGCAGUGUGCUAUUGGGCUGCAUUACUUCGCUUGUACGUUUCCAUUAACGACAAUGGCCGGCAUCAGCUACAUAACUGACACAAAAGCCAACUCCGUUCGAGAUUACCUCCCUCUUUGUUCCACGUACAAGAAUUUGCUGCCCCUACUGAUGAGCAUACCAGUGAGGUUUCAGAGAUUCGACGUUAUGAACGAAAACUUCAUCCUUCGAAACUUUUACCAGCUAAUGCGACAUCUUUUACCUCUGAAACUGACUAAAAGAGUUCAUAUGAACGGUUCAAAUUUCAAGAAACUGCAAAAAACGUUUCACCCAUCCGUACUGCCGUAUGAAUUUGGUGGAUCCAUGGGACCUCUGAGCAACGACGCCUACAAAGAGAAAUUUUUGGAUUUUAUAGUGAAAUUCCGGUCACAAAUUUUGUGAA